AAUGAAAAAUAACAGCAAUGAAAGCGGGAAACCGCGCGAAACAGUGACAUUGAUUCUCAAAGAGAAGCAAUUCGAGGUUGAAAAGCAAAAAUUGAUGAACAAGAGUCAGUAUUUUUCCGCGCUUUUGUCUGAAAACUUUUUAGAAUAUGAACAAACAGAACAUGUUAUAAACUAUAAUAUUUCCUGGAUUUCGCUGCAGGAUUUCAUUGAUUGGAUUCAUUACGACAUCAGAAUUUUAUUUAAAUCUGCUGCAAACUAUAAUUCUGAAAACCUGGUUGAUCAUCUCUUGACUCUGUUGGAAUUAAGCGUUCUAUUUGGAGCAGAUAACUUAACAGAUAACUUAAUAAACGAUCUAACCGACAGAAAUGAAAGACACUCAUUUAUGUCACCAAAAUAUGCGAUUAAAAUUUGGUUAAUGGCACAAAAACUGAAUAUUAACGUGCUACGAGAUCUUUCUUUGGCUCUUUGCUUAGAUCGUUUCGAUCAAUUGCCAGUCAAUUUAAUUUAUGAGUUGUCGAGGGAAAAUUUUUUGAAGUUAAUAGGAAACAUUAAUGUAAGAGCUACAGAGACUUAUUUGUUUCAUAUUAUAAAUCAGUGGAAAAACCAUCAUCGUGAUUUUACAAUUCCUUCAGAUAUUGUAUUGAAAAAGGAAGCAAUUUUACAUGGUAUUAUAUCUUGUGAACACAAUAACCGUGAACAAUAUAUUCAUUGCUGGGAUGGUGAUGACUUUUUUGAGCUAACUUCAUUCGAGUAUCCUCCUGAUAUUAUCGAACAUUGUUCCAGUACUGGUAAACCUCUUGAAGGAAUGCAGAUCACUGCCAGAAGAUACGAUUUAUAUCUUUGUGGCGGAGAAUAUGGUAUUGGAUCAGGAACGUUUAACAAAAAUGUAUGGCGUUAUUCUUUGAUAUCUAAGAAAUGGAUUCUUGAGACAUAUGCCAGUUGGGAGAAGAGAUAUAUGAUUACUGUGUUUUUGAAAGACAAAUUGCUGCUUGUAGGCGGUGUGAGACAGUGUAAACUACCAUCGCAGACUAUUGAGAUCUAUGAUAUUUAUACAGGUGACUUUUUAAUUAUGCAACUAUAUUUUCCUGAUAAGGAUAUAUGGGAAGUAAAAUCUUAUAGGAAUCUUUAUGAAGAGCUUACCUUUAUUAAUACGCCAAUACUGGCUCUUGAAACCAAGUCAUGCUACAUUGAUGUUGACCAAGAUGAAAUGGUUUUAAAAAUUGUCACAGAGACAUGUAACGUGGAAGGUUGUAAUAACAUAAUAAAGACCUAUCCUGGCUAUUCUAAAUCAAUCCUUGAAGAAAAGAAGAAUAUGGAUGGAUCCUUCUUUCUAACUACAUUCUUUCGCGAGCCAUUCCAUGGCGAGCCAUUCCAUGGCGAGCGACCAGCUGGAUUAUUAUCUGCAGAUCACAUAAUACGCAACAAGACGUUACACUUGCAUAGUAUUUCUAUUCAAGAUCCAAAAAAGUUCCGUUCCUUGUGCUUUACCAGCAAAAACUCAAUUAAAAGAUUUUUUAAUCUUAAUCUACUUCAUCCAGCUCAUUUGCACACAACGAACUUGGAUCAUAUUUGA